CUUUUGAGUGCUGUGUUUGAAUGGCUUUGAUAUUAAUCCUUAUUAAUUUAUUACCAAUGUACUUAGUUAUUUAGGUUUUUACUGAAACAAACCAUUGAAAAGCAAAAAAGGAUUUUUUAUUGCCAACGACUUUCUAGUAUAAGAUAUGUAUAAGUUGAAGAACCGCUUUUUAUCAUAUUGGGAAGAAAUCAUCGAGUCGAAUGACAGUUGACAGAUCGUUCCAUCAGCUGUCAACGGGGUUAUUAGCCAUUAUUCGUCCCAACUAUCGUUUCCAGUAAAGAGUCGCCGUCGGUCGUCGUAAAAAUGAAUGCCGGCGUUUGGUCGUCACGAUGAGUGUUCUUGUGAAUCCCUCCGCUGUUGUCAUCUUGGUCCUGUCAACAUGUUUCGUGCAAUGUCAUCAAGUCGAAGUUGACUGCGGCAGUUUGCUGAUGGGUCAGUUCAUUUGCCCGGAUCCGAGCCUUAACCAAAUCGACCCGAAGACCCAGCAAUUGCGAGGCUGCACAAAAGAAAACAAAGCAAAAGUUUGGUGUGUAGCCGUGGAGGGAAUCAACUGCACGGAGACAAAGAAUGCCUCGUUCUCCAAGGAAAUGCCAUGCAACUGGACCAAUGGCUAUCAUUUCGACACCGCGUUGCUGUUGUCCGUCUUCUUCGGUAUGUUCGGCAUUGACAGGUUUUACUUGGGCUAUCCGGCCAUUGGCCUUGCGAAGUUCUGUACGCUUGGGUUUAUGUUCUUAGGGCAGCUCAUUGAUAUUAUCCUGAUAGCAACGCAAGUAGUGGGCCCAGCCGAUGGCUCCGCCUACAUCAUUCCGUACUAUGGCGCGGGCAUUACUGUUAUCCGCAGCAACAACUGGACAUAUCGCCUGCCGCAAGAUGACUGGUGAAGUGGAAAUGAAGUAAUUUUAAGAAAUGCUAGUUUAAAUUUUAAUGUGUACAUAGAAAGCAAGCCUUAGGUUAACUGGAGACUGUUUUUUGUAAAUAAAGAGUUACAUUAACUACUAAA